AUGGGGGAACUUGCAGCUGAGAAACAUGUUCAAUACAUUUUAUCAGUUGAAAAGAGGAAGGAUGAUUUUGUAUCUGUGGUGAUGGAACAUCUGAGAAUGAAUGGGGCAUACUGGGGAUUGACCACUCUGGAUUUUCUGGGAAAGCUUGACACUGUUGAUGUGGAAGAGGUUGUUUCAUGGGUCAUGAAGUGCCAGCACCAGUCAGGUGGGUUUGGUGGUAACAUUGGACAUGACCCUCAUGUACUGUAUACUCUGAGCGCUGUGCAGGUUUUGGCCCUUUUUGACAAGCUAAAUGUUCUUGACAUUGAUAAGUCUGAUAUUGCUGGGCUGCAAUAUGAAGAUGGAUCUUUUUCAGGGGACAUAUGGGGUGAAGUUGAUACACGGUAUUCUUUCCCAUUCUGCUUUGUUAUUUGGCCUGUCACAGUUUUGGGAGUUCUCUUAUAUUGCAAUAUGUUGUCUCUCAAUAUUGAUAAAAUCAAUGUGGAGAAGGCUGUGAGCUACAUUGUAAGUUGCAAAAAUUUGGAUGGUGGAUUUGGAUGCACACUUGGUGGGGAGUCCCAUGCGGGGCAAAGUUGCAACUUUAUGCUAUGGUUGGUCAUGGGGGUAGAUGAUACAACUUUUGGGGCUGUUGGAGUUGGGUGGGUUGGUUCUGAGGAGGUAGUGAAGGAUUUCGAGGGAGAUAAAGCUCCAGGCUUAGAUGGGUUUACCAUGGAUUUUUUCCAACAAUUUUGGAGGGUGGUUGAAUCAGAUGUGUUAGUUGUUUUUGAGGAGUUCCACAAGUAUAGAUGGGGUUUGGGGAUUAUGGUAGAGGAUCCAUUAUCCCCUUUGCUUUUCAUCUUGGUUAUGGAGGUUCUUAAUAGAAUGUUGAGGAGGAUGGAGGAGGAAGGUCUAAUUAGACGUUUUGAAGUGGGGAAUGCUGAAGAUGGUGUAUCUGGGUUAAGAGUUAAUUUGGGGAAAGGUGAGAUGGUGCUAGUGGGUGACGUGGAGAAUGUGACUGAUUUGGCUGAUCUUUUGUAUUGUAAGGUAGGGUCUUUGCCAAUGAUUUACCUUGGCAUGCCAUUGGGGGUUGCUUUAAAUUAA